CUCCAAGAGACAUUGGUCUCGCGAGAUCUCUCGUAAACGUACAGAACCGGAAGUAGCGUGUAACUCUCUUCCCUUUUGCGGCCAUCGCCGGAGUGCCAGCGGCCAAAAUGAAGUUCAAUCCCUUUGUGACUUCGGACCGAAGCAAGAACCGGAAAAGGCAUUUCAAUGCACCUUCCCAUGUUCGCAGGAAGAUUAUGUCUUCCCCUCUUUCCAAAGAGCUGAGACAGAAAUACAAUGUUCGAUCCAUGCCCAUCCGAAAGGAUGAUGAAGUUCAGGUGGUUCGGGGACACUAUAAGGGUCAGCAAAUUGGCAAAGUAGUCCAGGUUUACAGGAAGAAAUAUGUCAUCUACAUUGAACGAGUGCAGCGGGAAAAGGCCAAUGGCACAACUGUCCACGUGGGCAUUCACCCCAGCAAGGUGGUUAUUACUAGGCUUAAACUGGACAAAGACCGCAAAAAGAUCCUUGAGCGGAAAGCGAAAUCUCGCCAAGUAGGAAAGGAAAAGGGCAAGUACAAGGAAGAAACACUUGAGAAGAUGCAAGAAUAAAAUAAUCUUAUGUGCAACCUUCAUUAAAAACUGCUAAAAAGAA